GUGCUCCAGCUAAGAUUGCCAGUGCAGAAAAUGAAUGGGACCGCUACUUCCCAGAAUCCUGGAUGCCUGAAAUAACCCCUCCUUCUCUAUAUCUCUAUUGUGUGUGGUUCUCAUUUGUCCUCUAAGUUCUUGCACAAUCUCUAUCUCUCUCCGUCUCUCGCUCUCUCACUCUCUCUCGUCUGAUUGUCUCUCGCUCAUUGAUUUGUUUCUUGCCUGGCAUAAUGUCAUUCAACCUUCACAACAGAUGCAUUGUUUGUCUUCCCUCAGUGGUGCUUUUCAUCCGUCUCCCUCUUUCUUAGUCUCUCACUCUAUUUUGCUCGCUCUCUCUUUCGCUCGCUCUCUCUCUCUCUGUCCUGCUCUCUCUCUCUCUCUUUGUCACUCCUUCCCUCUCUUUCUCCGCUCCGGAUCGGCAGCAGUAAAAAGUAAGCCGCGUACGGACAGCUUCUCUUCUCGUCCAGUGCAACUCGUGCCUUCCUCUCUCCCUUCCCUCUCAUCUCUGCCAGCACUUUGCGCUCUUUCUCUCCCCGUUUAUCUUUUUCUUCUUCUUUGUUUCAUCUUCUUCUUCUUCUUCUUCUUCAUCAUUUCCCUCUUCUCUGUCACUCUCUUGACUCUGCAGGGUGCCGUCACGAGUGAUUUGUUUGAUUCUCUUCUGGCUCUGCGGUCGAGGUGCGCGUGUGAAUGUCCGCGUGGAGGAGAAAGUGAGUGUCUCGUCUUGUCCGGCUCUUUUGCAUCAUUGCGCGCAUGUGUGAGUGCAUGCUAAGAGCUGUGUGAGUGACUGUUUAUAAAGAGAGAGAGAGAGAGAGAGGGGGAGAAAGCAAACUGAGGCUGCGCUCACUAUGUUUAUUGUGUGUGCGUGCGUGUAUGUGACGAAACGUGGGGGCAUGCUGAGCUGAGUACGACUGCGAGUGAGUGUGUGUGGGUUUUUUUUCCCCUUCUCUCUCUCUCUGUGUACAUGUGUGUGUGCGCAUCACGUCAGCUUGGCUGGGGUCUGGUCGGCUGGAGAGGGAGAGGGAGAGGGAGAACAAUAUGAGCGGGGUAGGGCAGUGCUAGCAUGCGGACCAGGAGCAGGCUGCUGCAGACUUGUAGCAGUCUUAAGAUGAUGGCCAUGGUCCGGACCUCCCUCCAGAAAGUGGUGGUCUUCUUACACAGGCUCCAGAGGAUGGCCAUCUCCUCGCCGCGCUACCAGAAACUCUGCAAGGACAUCCAGGCUGAGAUCGAUGCCCACAAUGACAUCUACAAGAGCGUCGACGGGAACAAGUCGAAGAUGGUCAAAGCGCUGGGCAGCUCAGAGGAGGCCGUGUUCCUCCAGCACAGGCUGGAUGACAUGAAUCAACGAUGGAGCGACCUGAAGACCAAAUCCGCCAACAUCAGAGCACAUCUGGAGGUGAGUGCUGAGCGCUGGUCUCGACUGCUGGGCCUUUUGGAGGAGCUGUGGAGGUGGAUCUGCAUGAAGGAUGAGGAGCUGGCGAAGCAGAUGCCCAUCGGAGGAGAUGUGCCCACUCUGCUGCAGCAGCAGAAUCACUGCACGGCGCUACGGUCAGAACUGAAGGAGCGCGAGCACUUGGUAAUCAGCACUUUGGACCAGGCGAGGACAUUUCUUGCUGAUCAACCCAUUGAGGGUCCUGGAGAGCCACGCAAGAACCUGCAGCCAAAGACUGAUCUCACACCAGAGGAGAAGGCCCGAGGUUUGGCCCGGGCUAUCCGAAAGCAAUCUGGUGAAGUGAGGGAGCGGUGGGAGCGUCUGAAAGGGCACGUGGGCGGUUGGCAGAGUCAGGUGGAGCGAGCCUUGGAGCGACUCCAAGAGCUGCAGAGCUCCAUGGACCAGCUUGACCUGCGGCUGACUCGGGCAGAGGAGGCCAAAGCUACCUGGCAGCCUGUGGGCGAUCUGCUGAUCGACUCUCUGCAGGAUCACAUCGAUAGAACCACGGCCUUCAGAGAGGAGAUUGCCCCGUUGCGUCAGGACGUUCGAAUUGUCAAUGAGCUUUCUGCUGAGCUGACACCAUUGGACAUUCAGCUGUCGUCCACAGCCUCGAGACAGCUGGACCAGCUCAACAUGAGGUGGAAACUUUUACAGGUGGCAGUGGAUGACAGACUGAAGCUCCUUCAAGAAGCCCACAGAGACUUUGGCCCCUCCUCGCAACAUUUCCUCUCCACAUCUGUACAGCUCCCCUGGCAACGUGCAGUUUCUCAGAAUAAGGUUCCUUAUUACAUCAAUCAUCAGACACAAACGACCUGCUGGGACCAUCCAAAGAUGACAGAGCUCUACCAAUCACUAGGUAUUGAACAUAUGGACUUGCUGGACCUCAGCGUUGCCCAGAACACCUUUGAGCAGCAUAAACUCACCAAUAACAAUCAGCUGCUAACCGUUCCCGACGUCAUCAACUGCCUAACCUCUAUCUACGAUGGCCUGGAACAGGAGCACAAAGACCUGGUUAACGUGCCUCUCUGCGUUGACAUGUGUCUCAACUGGCUGCUUAAUGUUUACGACACUGGUCGCAGUGGGAAGAUCCGGGUACUGUCUAUGAAGAUUGGCCUGCUCUCUCUCUCCAAGGGACACCUGGAGGAGAAAUACAAAUACCUCUUCAGCCAGGUGGCGUCAGCAGGUGACACGUGCGACCAGCGGCAGCUUGGACUGCUGCUUCAUGAAGCCAUCCAGAUCCCAAGACAGCUGGGCGAGGUGGCUGCCUUUGGAGGCUCCAACAUUGAACCCAGUGUUCGCAGCUGCUUCCAGCAUGUAAACAAUAAGGUGGAGCUAAAGCCCAGGGAGUUCAUUGACUGGAUGCGUCUGGAGCCUCAGUCCAUGGUUUGGCUUCCUGUCCUGCACAGAGUGGCUGCUGCAGAAACGGCGAAACAUCAGGCCAAGUGUAACAUCUGCAAGGAGUGUCCUAUUGUUGGCUUCAGGUAUCGCAGUCUGAAGCAUUUCAACUACGACGUGUGUCAGAGCUGCUUCUUUUCUGGGCGCACCGCCAAGGGUCACAAGCUUAACUACCCAAUGGUGGAGUACUGCACACCGACGACAUCAGGUGAGGACAUGCGUGAUUUCACCAAAGUGCUGAAGAACAAAUUCCGAUCUAAGAAGUACUUCGCCAAACAUCCACGGCUAGGUUACCUACCAGUACAGACGGUUUUAGAGGGCGACAACAUGGAAACUCCCGUCACCCUCAUCAGCAUGUGUCCGGAGCAGUAUGAGCUGUCCCAGUCACCUCAGCUCUCUCAUGACGACACCCAUUCCAGGAUAGGGCACUAUGCCAGCAGGUUGGCUCAGAUGGAACGCUCCAACGGCUCUCUGCCCACAGACAGCAGCUCAGCCACAGGAAGCAUGGAUGAUGAGCAUGCCCUGAUCCUUCAGUACUGCCAAACACUGGGAGGGGAGGCCUCUCCUUGCAGCCAGCCUCAGAGUCCUGCCCAAAUCUUACAGGCUGUGGAGAAGGAAGAGCGCGGCGAAUUGGAGAAGAUCAUAGCACGUCUGGAGGAGGAGCAGAGGACACUGCAGAGGGAGUAUGAGCAACUUAAGGAGCAACAUGGACAGCGAGGCACGCCUACAGGAAGCCCCUGGGAGACGGAGAGCCCCUCCGCCCACCCCGAUGAGGCAGAUCUUUUAGCUGAAGCCAGGCUGCUACGACAACACAAAGGCCGGCUGGAGACCCGCAUGCACAUCUUGGAGGAACACAACAAACAGCUGGAAUCUCAGCUUCAUCGCCUCCGACAGCUACUGCACCAGCCCGAUGUGGACUCGAGGGUAAAUGGAUUGUCCUCCCCCAUUGUGCAAGAUCGAGGGCCACUUACUGAAAACUCAGAUGAGCUGUUGGACUCCCACAACAGCAGCUCUGACCUGGCAGAUGUAAUGGAGCAGAUUAACAACUCCUUCCCUGCAUGCAGUCCCUCAAGCCUCUCCUCGAGACCACAGAUGAUGUGAGGACUGACUGGAGGAUGGAGAGACCAUUCCCACACAAACAAAAUCCCCUGUCCCUAAAUCCCAAAGACGCACAGGAGCAGACAACUUAACUACUUUUACCACCU